AGCAAACCGCUGCACGACCUCCGCGGCUCCGCCUCCCCAAUCCGUCCCGUCUCCUCGCCUGCCGCUGGCAUCCUGCUAGCAGAGGUGGCGCCAGCGUUCUCCUGCUCCCGCCGCAUUCGCUCGCCGGUGAGCAUCCUAAUCCAUCCCAUCCGGCCUCGGCCUCGAGUUUCUUCUCCUCGCCUGCCGCUUGCGCCGAUCCCCAUCCUGCGAGGAGAGGUGGCGCCCGGCGUCCUCCUGCUUCCACCGCAUCGUCACUCGCCGGUGAGCAUCCCUCUCUACCCACACCUCAACAGUUUUUCCUGUUCCACCCUUCUUCCUCCAGUUCUUCCCCAAUCCCUCGCUCCGUCGCUCACAACCCGUCUCCUGCUCGAUCCGAGCGCCUCACGAGAGAGAGAGAGAGAGAGAGAGAGAGAGAGAGGAGAACCGCAGGCGAUGGCUGCAGCUUGCUCCUUCCGCUCCGUCGCCCGAGCUCCGCCGCCCCUGCGGGGUCUCGCCAGGAGAGGGGUUGUGCACUGCUGCAGCACCGCUCCUCCCAGCGGCGGCACCUCCACCUCCUCCUCCAAGCUCGUCUUGGAGGUCAAAGAACGGCUGGAGAGGGAGCAUCCGGGCCUCCCGACGGGCAGGAACGGGAGGGAUGAUGAGGAGAUGAUCCUCUGGUUCUUGAAGGACAGGAAGCUCUCCGUCGAUGAAACAGUUUCUAAACUGACCAAGGCCAUUAAAUGGCGCCAGGAUUUUCAAGUCUCAGAAUUAUCAGAAGAAUCGGUUAAAGGGUUGUAUCAAACUGGCAAAGCAUAUGUGCAUGAUUCUUUUGACAUCUAUGGUAGACCUGUGCUAGUAGUGGUGGCGUCAAAGCAUUUCCCUUCUAAACAAGAUCCAGUUGAAAAUGAGAAGUUGUGUGCCUUUUUAGUUGAGAAGGCAUUGAGUAGACUUCCCUUGGGAACAGAGAAUAUACUUGGCAUUUUUGAUCUUCGAGGAUUUCAGGUGGAAAAUGGUGAUCUCCAGUUUUUGAAGUUUUUGAUUGAUGUGUUCUACUAUUACUACCCAAAGCGGCUCGGGCAAGUUCUUUUUGUUGAUGCACCGUUUGUGUUUCAGCCGAUGUGGCAGCUUGUUAAACCUUUGUUGAAACAAUAUGCAUCACUGGUGAGAUUUUGUGAUGUCGAGACAGUGAGAAAAGAAUACUUCACAAAAGAGACUGUACCUCCUGAUUUCCGCAAUUAGGUGCCAUGAACUGUUUAUCAUCUCUGUCACCACUGGGUUGUUGCUCCGAAGAGACCGUUGAAGUACCUAGUGACAGGAGAGCUCCAAACCAUCGAGACUGAGCUAAAUUGUAUUGACAUGAUUUUUGGACUUCAAUCUUGACAGUCAGGACCAUCUCGAAAUCAUUAGCUAGUUGCUCAAGAAUGUCUUGGGUGCUGUCGUUCCUGGAUGGACGAAGAAAGCCCCCUGCAGUUGCUCGAAAAGGCUUUAAAGAAUGUAUCCCCAUCAUCUGUUGCUGUUUCCUUUAGUAUUUAAACUGUAAUAGGAGUAUGUAACUUGACUAAACAGUAACAAAAUUUUAUGAGUUCCAAACAAAAACAAAAGGAAAAUAAUACAGUUUUAUCCUAAAGUA